GUACGGCGCUUGGUCAAGAUCCUGCUGCUGGGCGCGGGCGAGAGCGGCAAGUCCACCUUCCUCAAGCAGAUGCGCAUCAUCCACGGCCGUGAGUUCGACCAGAAAGCUUUGCUGGAGUUCCGCGACACCAUCUUCGACAACAUCCUGAAGGGUUCAAGGGUUCUUGUUGAUGCACGAGACAAGCUUGGUAUUCCUUGGCAGUAUUCUGAAAAUGAAAAGCACGGGAUGUUCUUAAUGGCCUUUGAGAACAAAGCAGGACUGCCUGUUGAGCCUGCCACCUUCCAGCUUUACGUGCCUGCCCUGAGUGCACUCUGGAGGGACUCGGGGAUCAAGGAAGCAUUCAGCCGGAGGAGUGAGUUCCAGCUGGGUGAAUCCGUGAAGUACUUCCUGGACAACUUGGACCGGAUAGGCCAACUGAAUUACUUCCCUAGUAAGCAAGACAUCCUACUAGCAAGGAAAGCCACCAAGGGAAUUGUGGAACAUGACUUCGUUAUUAAAAAGAUCCCUUUUAAGAUGGUGGAUGUGGGCGGCCAGCGAUCUCAGCGCCAGAAGUGGUUCCAGUGCUUUGAUGGAAUCACCUCAAUCCUAUUCAUGGUCUCCUCCAGCGAGUAUGACCAGGUCCUCAUGGAGGACAGACGUACCAACCGGCUGGUGGAGUCUAUGAACAUCUUUGAAACAAUAGUCAACAACAAGCUGUUCUUCAAUGUCUCCAUCAUUCUGUUCCUCAACAAGAUGGACCUCCUGGUGGAGAAGGUGAAGACUGUCAGCAUCAAGAAGCACUUCCCAGAUUUCAAGGGUGACCCUCACAGGCUGGAGGACGUUCAGCGAUACUUGGUCCAGUGUUUCGACCGGAAGAGACGGAAUCGCAGCAAGCCUCUCUUCCACCACUUCACCACCGCCAUAGACACGGAGAACAUCCGCUUCGUGUUCCAUGCUGUGAAGGACACCAUCCUGCAGGAGAAUCUGAAGGAUAUUAUGUUGCAGUAAAAGAGGCUGCCCCUUACUGUUGUGGUCCUUUCACGGCCCUCAAGGCCCUUGGUCAGAUAUCCCUGGCGUGUACUUGCCACCAGGCCUUGCAGGGGUGUUCUCAAAUGGGUGCCCUGCAACACCUGGCUCGGGAAUGCUGUCAAGCCAGCCACGCCAAAGUGCUCCCGGCAAAAGGACAAGGAAACUUUGAAGUUAGCUACUGAAUCCUGGGGACUAGUGAAACUACUGAAAAUCCAAGGGAUCGCUCCGGUAUUCACUUGUAAUACCUAAUAACAUAGCUUUCUUUCUUUUUGCAGAAACUUUAUUCUUUUCUGACACCAUUUAAUCAAGGAUUGUGUGUGUGUGCACGCGCACGCUGUCUUUAAUGACAAAAACCAACCAGCCUUGCAGAUGGCUUUUCUCUCUAACUUGCAAGUCUUCAGUGAGACACUAACCUGAGAACUUUGACUGUAGUUUUUAGGAAAUGAAAUGCAAGCUGAUGCUACUGAACUCAGUGCCCGAAUCCGGCCUGAGCCUCAGCCUGGGGUCUCAGUGCCACCUCCCAAAGUGAACACGUUGCCUUUUAAAGCUCUUUGUGCCAAUUUCCUGAGAGGCCCUGGCCCAAGGCAUUUUAGGUUUAGCUAAGGGCCCCCAGCUUCAGCUGGUGAAGUUGUGAGCUCUGAGGGUGUGGACCUGCCUUAAGCUCCUACUACCUGUGCCCUCUACCUGCCUUGUCAGAUUGCCCAGGGUGGAAAUGUGGGAAGGGCACUGACAGUGAAUGUUCCUCUACUACAGGCACACAGUGGGGCUGUCCAUACCACACACCCCGCCCCCACCCAUGGCAGACAUACAAGCCAACUGGCCUUGCAGGGGACCGUCCUGCCUUACGAUUCAUCUUCUGAUGCCCAAGUGGGCUGCAUGAGUAUUUCCUUAUUUUGGAAAUAGCAGCGCGCACUCUAUUCCUCUCAGGGGCCUCUGAAAGCUGGCAAGAUUACUGGCAGAGCUUUUGUUAAUGCCGCAGCUGCUUGGGGAGUCCCAACAGCUGACCUUUCAGCAAGUUCACAGACUGGAGAAAUCUCAGUUUCUUUAAACUGCCACUACACCUGAUGCCUUCGGACAGCUGGUCCCUGUCGUCAGUCCUCCCUUUAAUCUUGAUUCAUAUUGUAGCCUCCUGCUUCUGUUGUACACACAUAACAAGUAAAUGCUGUCAGACAUAGCCCUCAUGGCAGGGAGACUGCAGGAGGCUGUGAUGCUGAUGUGUAUGGUCCGUGUUACACUCAGUUAUCUUGUCCAGUUACCUGCCAGAUCCUUCCUUGUGUUUAAAAAUACAUUGCAUUCCAAACUGCCCCUUAUUGUGUAUUCCUGUGCUAAAAAAGUCUGUCCACCGUGUUUAGGACUUUCUCUAGUAUUUAAAAGGAAACAAAAUCUCCCUCUGUAGCUGGCACCAGAAUGUUACUGUGGUUGACAACAGUCCAAGGGCCUGCCAACCCCCAGGCACACUUCUCGCCAUCUCUCAGUUCAUUUUCAGCAAGCCAGAUAAGCAUAGAUCUUGUGGCAGAUGGGGCUGGGGGGAGAGGGAAGCCCUGCUUCUGAGUCACCCUUAUUAUCACACUGUGCUUAAUGAGGAGACAACAUGCAGUUCUCUCUCUUUCGGUGCUCAAGACUUUGUCAUGUCUGCUGGAAAGAAGUUGGUGUUUCUGUCCUGCUUCCUGUCGCUCUUCAUAAACUGAAAGGACGUGACCCACAAUUGGUGCCAUGACCACUGUUUAAAGGGGAAACGACACUCUCAGUAGGCUCCAUUGGGGCGGCCUAAUUCACAGCUCCCCUCUGGCAUGGAACAGCGCUGGCCCCAGACCGGGGCCUCUUCUCCUGGUCAGUUUCUCUCAUAUACAUUUGUGAGAAUUUAAGGCUGUUCCUUACCAACUAGAGGAAGAAACGCAGAGUAACAGAGUGUAUUACUUACUCUGUGAUAGGGAUCUUCAGUGUUCCACCACAAAGGUGGAAAUCCCAGUGAGGUUGUUUGGACUGCCUCCCUGAUGUGUCUGCAGCAAGCAAGAGCUUUCCCCUUUAACCUGUCCGAUUUACUUGCUGUCCAAGCCGAAGCACAUAUGUAGAGAGAUCGUGACUGUUGGAUGACUGGGCAGGGACAGAGUGACUGACACGUAGCCCCUGGCCCCGCUCCCCUCCUGGGCCUGGGCCUCCUGCUCACCAGAUCUUUAAAGGUGUCGGGCCCGAGUUCUGUGACCCUUGACUCAGAGAAGAUGCCCAUUUGCAAGGCUAAACUAAAACCAUUUACAACUUUUCUACACAGUUUGUAGUCAGUAUCUACAAAACCUUAGGCUUUUGUAUUUUUUAUUUUAAUUUCACUGUUAUCUUUGUUUUUUUUCAUCCACAUGUUGGAGAAGCAGGAGAUAGAGGGGCCUAGUCUAUCAAUAUUACUGCAAAAAUGUAGUAAACUUCCUCAGUAUACAGUUUCCUCAUAGUUAUACUGUUUACACAUGACAACACAUGUAGGUUUUUUUACUGAAUUUUUUUUUAAUCUUCUCCCUGUAGAGAAAUUGUUUCAAAGAUUUCAAGUUAUAUAGCUUUGUAAUUUAUAGAGACCUCUAGAAUUCUUCUCUUGUAAUUUUUUUUAACUACUUCUUACUCCAAGAUCAAAAAAUAAUCUUGAAACAAGAUGACUUACUUGGGGGGUCCUAGGAACCUCUGAUUUGGUGUUGCAGAUAAAGGCAGCAUGAGGAAAAGCCCAGAGACUGCUCAUGGUUUACACUCUGCGCUGUAGUGGCCUUGGUGAGGGGGAUCUGAUUUGAUGGUCUGGCUGCCUUCAGUCUCUUGACAUUCAUUCAGAUAAAUCCCCAGUCUUUCUUUGUUUCAUGUAAAUAGCACUCCACAUUCAAAACCAACAUUAAUUUUUUUUUUGUCCCCAAAAUUCAGAUCCAAUAACUCUAAUCUUAAUUUUACCUGAGGGUUUAUGCUGUGUUAAUCACAGCUUUUAUUUCCACACAUGCUACACAGAGCCUGACACACAAGAGUGAAAGUCUCUGGAAUACAACUUAAGAACAGGUGAUAGAGGCAUACACACAUAAAGACACACACGUGUGAGAGAGAUCGGGAAAGGCCCAUUGGCUGACACUUGACUGUCCAGAGACCCGGAAGAAAACCCAAGGGAACAGCAGAAUGGGAGAUUCUGUCAGCACGAACUUGGGGCUUUUGUCCCCAGCACAAAAUGGAGGAAACAACAGGAAGGACUUCACUACUGGCAUGGGCUGCCACCUGCAGGACUCUCCCCUAGGAGAGUUGCCCCUGGCCAUCACCUGGCAGGGCUUUGUGGUGUGCAGAGGUGUGGGCCAGCAGUGGGCUCAGCACUUUGUCCAGCUUCCCCAUUUAGAAAAAUUGAGCCAAAUGGUGAUUCUCAGCCCUGGCCCAACAUUUGGAUCCCUGAGGGGCUUUGGAAAGGCCCCAUGCUGAGCCGCCCAAGCCCUGGCCCUGGCCCUAGCCCCAGCCUGGCAACGUUCAGGGGAUUGAAUUCUGCAGCCGGUAGAAAGCCACCAAGUGGACAGUGUGGGCAGUGUCUUCUCAGCCCGUGAGAUUCUAUUCCGAGUUCCAUGGCCACUUAGUCUUCCCCUCACUGACAGCAACUGCCUCAGGAAGACACGGCAAAGGGUUUGAUUUGAGUGAGAUCAUCUCACCUGGUCUCUCAAGACCAGUGGGCUGUUCUUUCAGAUCUUUUGGUGCCUCUUUCUCCGUCAUGUUCAUCAGAUGUGCCCGGCGGCCUCAUGUUAAAAUGAAUCCUGGGCAAUUUGGAGGCUUUGCUGAAGAAAAGGACUAUGUUAAGGCUUUUUGACUUGCACAGCAGUCCGGGGUAGAUGCUCCUUACACGUGUGCUGCUGGGGCCUCCCUGACAGCCACGCUCCUGUCCCCUGUUCUGGUGGUUCGGAAGCGCAUCUGCCACCGGGAGACCUGAGGGCUCAGCACACACUGAAGGGAGGGGUUUACCAACUUGGACUUCACCUCCUUUUGUGAGACGUGUGUUGGGCCCUGAAGAGAAAGGUGUGGCAUGCCUCAAAGAAGAGGUGCUUCCUUACCUCAGUUCAGAGGUUCAGAUGCUGACGUGCUGUGCGAAUGGCCCUUCUGGGCACAUGACGUGCAGGAUUGCACUGUGUUCAGAGGCGGUAGGACCGGAAGCUGGCAGGGCCAUGGGCCUAUUUUGGAACCUGUUCCUGCCUUCUGGUGGCUGAGGGAAGACUUGAGGCUGCUUUUGUGGGUCUCUACUCUUUUGCAACUGGGUCACUUUCCCAUCAGCAUCUGCUAGAACUAGAAAGCUGAUUGUUUCUCGGUAUUCAGGAUGAGUAUUUUGAAAUGAGAGGGUUUAACCUCCAUGCUGCUGUUGGUAUCUCUUCAGAGCACAAACACAAAGCACAAUAGUUAACUAAUUGCCAAAGCACCCCAGUGCCCCUGUUCUCGCCUGGGUUUAGCCUGAUGCUUCACAUCCAGCGCCGCCUGGCAGUCAACUGCCUGCCUACAGGGAUUCGCUCAUCUUGACAUAGGGACCUCUCAAAGCCUGGGGGUUGGCGGAGAGGGCGGGGGGCGGGGGGGCGCUGGUUUGAGGGCUCAGAGCUAGGUCUUGCAAUCUGUUGAUUUUUGCCUCAUCUAUGCCCUGCUCAGCUGGUCCCAGGAAAGCUGAACUUUCCCAGGGCUGUAAUCCCAGAUCACAGGAAAUAAGUAGGCUUUCAGAUUUCUUGUCAGGAAGGGUAAUCCUAGGAAUUGGUGUCCACAUGUAGCAUGGCUAAGGAAAUGGGGUGACCUCAGAACAGACCAUGGAGUUCCUGCCCGGAAGGACACACUACGCAUGGGACAAUAGGGCUCUCUCCUAGCAGCGCAGGCCACGGUGUGCCUGAGACACAGAACUGCUCUUACCUCCAAGCCCAUCCUGCCUUGUCCCUCCUCACACACCUAUUAUCAGUAUUCGGCAAAACAUCUUAAAAUGGGGGUUCUUAGACCCCAAAGACUGCCUCUGAUGGGCAGUAAAUGUGACUGCUGCUCACUUUACAGAAGUGGAAACCUGGCUUGACCUGAUAAGUAGGUUCUGGUUUUGAGUGGGUUGCAGAAGGUAGGUUGUUGGUUGGUUUCUUGGUUUCUUUUUGUUUUUCCUUCAGAUGGUUUUGUGUGUGUGUGUGUGUGUAACAUGAACCAAAUGAAGCGCUGGAGCUGUUGCUUGGGGUUCUUUAAUUCACCUGCAUUUCCUCUCAGGCGGCUGGUUAGCAGAGGGGCAGUGUAGGAAGCACCAGGCUGUGAGCGACUAGGAAAGGGCUUCCCUUUUCUGCCCUGUCCUGUUCCAUGAAAAUAAAGGGCUGUUGUUCAAACCUGCCGAUUUGGCGCCUUUCUGUGAACACUGAAUUCACUUUAUUUUGUGUUUUUGGAACUGAUGUAUUACAGUCAAACAACAUAAACCCAGCUAUUCACAGUCAAGGUGGAGUUUCCUCUGAAAUUGCAUGUCCCCAACAGAUGGCAGAGCCAGGCCUGCUCUGGGGUGUCCUGCUUCUGUACCCCCAGUUGACUCAGACUAUACAUGUCCUUGGGUAGGAGGGGCUGGAAGCCCAAGUGAGGGGUAAUUUAAGAACUUGACCCUCUCUGAGCAGGGUAUAAACAAGCCCUGUGCUGGUGCUUCCUGGGACUAGUACAGAGGUUCCUGUCUGCCAAGUGCUUGGGGAUCCCUGUGGUGGAGAGGAGCUUGCAGGGAAGACCUGUGUUGUGACAGCCCAGAGGCUGGUCUGUGCUGCCCCCGCCUGUCCAGCAGGCUGCAUUUGGGCUCCUGUUCCUCCAUGCGAUGCUGGCUCCUGUGGACCUCCCACAGCCUGGAGGUGACACACACUCUCCCUCCACCACCUCUCACCUUGCCUUCCUCAGAAAGGGUCAGUGCCAGCUGCCAUCAGAGCUCUCGCAUCUAAGUGACUUUGGAACUCAGGCUGCAAAAAUUGAAGCAGAUUGGAUCUGCAGUCAGGCCAGCAGUCUGCUCUCUGUGGCUCACCUGCUCCCCCAGGCUGUCAGGACGAACCUGCACCUCUUCUCCAGAACCCCCUGCAGACAGGUGGACAGCCAUGUCAGGGAGCGGUGUGCCAAGGUGUAUUUGUGAGAGGACCCCUUGCAGCCUGGGGAAACCGUGGCCAGUCUCUUCAUCAUGCUUUCCUGUUAGUCUUUAGCAAGCCUGGGUAUGAAGAAAUUUGAAAUAGACCUCUAUCGUGUGUGCCCAUCUCUAGACUCUCAAGCACCCAUUAUGCAGACUGAUCUAAAACAUUCCCAAAGGCCUUCCAAGCCAGCCAGCACUGACGAGUCUGCCAUCCUGUUGACAGAUGUGCAGCCAGGAAGCUGAGUGUUAAUACUCUGACCUCUGCCGGCACCCACUGUGUGCCGUGUUCUGACGGUGCCUGGUGUGCAGCCCCGGACGCCACCCCGGGGCCCUGCAGACGAAGGUAGAGGUGGCACUUCAGCGUCAGCAGCUACUGCAGAAGCCAACUUUGAACCCUCCCGGGACUUUACACGUAGAAAGGAAAUUCCGAGAGUACCCGCCAAGGGCGCCAUCAGGGGCCUCCCCUGGAAUGCCCCCGCGGCCCCCAGCCCACCUGCAGGGGACUGGGCCUACACCAGAAGUCUCUGAAUACUGUGUACGGGGUAGAACAUAUGUUACAAAGUGUAAAAAUGUAUUUUAUAGCUACAGUGCUUAGUCUAACAUGGUUUUGUACAUAUGAUUUUUAUAACUCUAUUAAAA